ACCCCUCCCCCGCCGCCGCCUCCAGGCGGGAAGUGGAGGGUGGGAGUCACUGGAGCGUGAUUGCCCGAGGCCCCUCCUGUCGCUGCGGGAGCUCCAUAAAAGCCCUGCUACAACCCGCUCACGACACCCCAUCACCGGCUCUCACACCAGGGAGAGGUGCUCCGGACAGGACAGCAGAGUACUCGCUGCCCCGCCACGCCCGCCCGCCCGCCACCGCCGUCACCAUGCUGGGGAGCAAGCGACUGGGGCUGUCCCGCCUGGCGCUCGCCCUGUCCCUGCUCGUGUGCCUGGGCGCGCUGACCGAGGCGUACCCCUCCAAGCCCGAGAAGCCCGGGGAGAACGCGUCUGCGGAGGAGCUGGCCAGAUACUACUCUGCGCUGCGACACUACAUCAACCUCAUCACCAGGCAGAGAUAUGGGAAACGAUCCAGCCCGGAGACACUGAUUUCAGACCUCUUGCUGAGUGAAAGCACAGAAAAUGUUCCUCGAACUAGGCUGGAAGACCGCUCUAUGUGGUGAUGGGAGAGGAAACUUGUUCUCCGGGCUUUGCCUAUUUUCCAACCCCAAUUUCAUUCUGUUAAGCUAGAGUCUGCCUGUCCUCCCAUUGCAAGCAGCCCCUGUGCCCCACUCUGCAGCGCUCUCCUCUGUCAUCGUUGUAUAUAUGUUCGUUUCAAUAAAGUAACAUGCAUUCAAAAGUG